GUCAUGGCCGGGUCUGUAGCGACCCUGGCCGUCCUAUGGAUAUCGCUUCAAGGGAUGGGCUUCGUCGCUCAACCGAGCACGAUAGACGCUUCGAGACUGCCGAUUUCCAUGCAGAACUACCUCUCGUUCUCUGCCGGCUUCCCGUCACUUACGCGCCGAGAUGAACUGAGGAUGAACUCUCGAAGAUUCCUUGGCGGCAGCUCGUUUCCGGUUAUCGGUCCCGAGGCGAUCAAUUCGUCGAUUGAUUUCGCGGAAAUGCUCGUCGACCAAAUGGCGAGACUCGAGGCGAACAUCGCCGGCGCUGGAAUAUCCUUUUCUAACGACUCUCCGACCCAUGGUCAGUACGCGCAUUGGUACCCGACGAUGGAAGCUCACAAGAAGAGCGUCAGCGCUCUGGUCGUCGUCAAGGCGUCGUCUUACCUGGCCCAGAACAACUGCCAGAGGUCUGGAUUUAGGAACGAAAGGUGCGCGCGGUUCAUAUCGACUUUGAAAAUGGAGGACACGGUUAUCGGAAGGAACUGCGCCAAUGAGCACAGAAUUGAUUGCGACGGUGGCUCGAGGUACAGGACGAUCGACGGUACCUGCAACAAUUUGGAUAAUCCUAGAUGGGGAAGCGUCAUGACCGCCUAUUCGAGGAUCUUAUUUCCAAACUACGCCGAUGGUAUCCAAGCGCUGAGACGCCCCGAGCGCAGAGGAAAGGAAUUGCCCGGUCCAAGAUCCGUCAGUACGUCGAUCUCGCCAAGCGACAACCAGGAAACCGACUCGACAAAAACGCUCGCCGUUAUGCAGUGGACUCAGUUUGUCGCGAACGACGUUUCCCACACCCCGAUGCGCAAGAUGGUCACAAACAACAAACCCAUAACGUGCUGCCGGUCGAAUGGAUUCUUCCUGGCACCGCGUCACACGCAUCCGGACUGCGCGCCGAUUUCCAUACCCGACAACGAUCCCGUUUAUGGCAAGGAACGGAUCCGCUGCAUGAAUUACGUCCGUUCGAUGCCGACCGUCAGGCCAGACUGCAGCUUUGGACCGACCGAGCAGGUGAAUCAAGUGACCCACUUCUUGGACGGCUCGACGGUUUACGGUUCCACGUCGAAAACCGCUCGGGAACUCCGCGCCUUCAGUGACGGGCUUCUUCGAGUAAGCCUCAAAAACGGAAGCGAAUAUUUACCCACAGCUGUUUCGGAGCCUGCUUCUUUGUGUCGCGACAACGGUUGCUACGCGGCAGGCGACUUCAGAGUGAACCACGUACCUCACCUGGCAGUGAUGCACACGAUUUGGCUUCGCGAGCAUAACAGAAUUGCCAGGGAAUUGGCGAGGCUGAACCCGAUUUGGUCCGACGAGAUUAUCUUCCAGGAGGCUCGUCGCGUUGUCAUCGCCGAAAUUCAGCACAUCACGUACAACGAAUGGCUGCCGGUCAUCCUUGGAACGAAUCAGACUCGAUACGGGCAUCUGUUUCCCGUCACUGCCAACAGAGCUUCACAGCUCUACGAUAGCCGGGAAAAUCCGUCCAUUACCAACGAAGCUGCGACAGCUGUUUUCCGUUUUAUGAAUUCCCUGGUCCAGGGAAAGCUGCGAAUGCACGACGAGGCUCGCAAUGUUACUGGCUCCCUGAAGCUGCACGAGCACUUCGGCAAGUCAAAAGUCAUCGAGGAUGCUGGUUUUCUCGACAGUCUGAUUCGUGGACUAACGACCCAGAACUCCCAAAAAAUGGAUGUCAAACUUGUGUCAGACAUGACCCACAAGCUGCACAAAACCCACGGCAAUCUCGGUCUGGACUCGAUGAGUCUGGAUAUCCAACGAGGCCGAGACCACGGAAUUCCAGGCUACAAUCACUACCGCGAGCACUGUGGCCUGUCACUGGCGUCAACUUUUGACGAAUUCCUUGACACGAUACCAAUCGAGGUGGUCGAAAAGCUCAGUAUGCUGUACAACCACCCUAACGACGUCGACCUCGUCGUCGGCGGCAUGGCGGAGCGGCCCAGUCACGGGGGUCUUUUGGGCCCAACCUUGAGCUGCCUCGUUUCCGAGCAAUUCGACACUAUUCGUCGGUCCGAUCGUUUCUUCUACAACUCGGUGUCGCAGCCUCACCCAUUCACCGGAGACCAAUUACACGCUCUCCGCAAUGUUUCCUUGGCUCGUAUAUUCUGCGAAAACGGUGACAACAUCACCAGCAUGCAGCCUCACGUUUUCCUCAAGCUUCAGCUUGGAAACGAGCUGGCGCCAUGCGACGAUUACGAAGCCAUUCCAACCGUCGACCUAUUUGCCUGGGCCGAGAAGGCCAAGGCUUACCGUUGAAUGUCUAGCUGAUUGACUGGUCACAAUAUCUGGAUGGGGCGUCUUGGGGAGAUUUUUCGGAGUGCGUUCCCACUCAAGGGGCAUUCCGUUAAUGAAUGUACGAGCAACUGAUCCCGCGUCAGGAGGACGGAGUCGCUCUCCUGGGCGCCGUGUGCAGUGGAGGUGUGUCCGAAACGAUUAUCACCACACGAUUACCGCCACGCGUGUGGUUAUACAAAUGUAGAAGUCACACGAGCUGCGAUCACGGCUGAGAUCAAGAAGAAAGCAAUUAGCUGAUGAAUACGAUGAUAAAUACGUGACUAGUCGAUCGAUUAGCAAUCCGAGGGGGUUCUCUCUUAUCGUCUCGGUCUUCAGAGGACCAAAAACGACAACGUACGAUACGUACUUCGAUGAUACGAAAGAAGGAAGAAAUCAAUUGUUAUUUCUUUUUUUUUUUUUUUUUUUGUUUUAAUUUUUUGCUUCUACUCCUAAACGAAGUACGACUAACGUACUUAUAUAGGUUUUACCUAAAUUAGAUACGGAGGAUAGAUCGAAUAUCGUUUUAUUUUUAUUUUUUAUAUCGUAAUUCAGUUUGGGUUAUAGUUUUAAGAAUUUUAAAAACACACGCGUAUACGCGAGGGAAUUUUCAACGUAAUUAGUAUUUACGUACGUCCUUGUACAUGAGACUGAGGUUAAUUCUCUGCAGAGGUGUACAAAAAUCCUCAAAGUAGAUUCCGCUGUCGGAGAGACUGUUCUUAAUAAUUGACAAUAUUACGUGGCAGUUGAAGGUCGUCUUACUUGUUGUUAAAAAUAUUCGAACUUUGUACAUUGUCGGCGGUUUUUUCGGGGGACGCAUUUUUUUCGAUGUUGCCGUAAUUAUUGUUCUCCUCGCUGUUUAAUUUGGCCGUGUUUUUAUUUUAACUACUGUGCAUUUGUAUCGAACACGCGCGCAGAUGAAAAUCAAGGAACAAUUACCAAAUGUUAAAAUAUGUGUUUCGAACAAUCAAUGAUCAAUUUUCUUACGUCUCGUCACGCUAGUCUACGGAGACAAUAUAUCGACUGACUAGAUGAUAAAUUUAUUAAAUCAUUAUUAUGUUACAAAUAGUUCACCAGACUUAUUACUCACAUAAUACUUAAUGCGCAUUACUUAUACACGUUCAUAAUUCGAAACAUACACCAAACGGCAACUGAAGUCGUUGUUGUUACUUUACCCAGUUUUUUUCUAUAUGUAUUAAAUAAAUUUAAUAUGAUUAACAAUCAUA